AUACCCAACCUCCAAGGCCCAAGCCUCUGUGCAAAUUUUACGUCAAGCUUUUGAGCGAUCGGACGGCCAGCCCAUUGGGACCCAUCCCACCGAGACCGAGGAACAGCACGAAGAAAUUUCUGACCGUUGGAAGGCAUCAUUACAAAAGUAAUAUAAAAAGACAAACCCCAUGACCGUUACAUUUCAAACAUAUAAAAGAUCGCCACCAAAGAACACGGAGAGAGAGGAAAAAAAAGAGCCACAGGUAAAAACAUGGGUUGCAUCUCCUCCAAACUUCUGGCCACAGCCGAUCUAGAUAGCGAGGUCCGCUGUUAUGGCAGCAAGGCAGCCGCCGGCGAUUCCCCAAACCACGUCGUCUCGCUCACUUCAAGCACCUAUGGACUACUAAAUCUCGACAGGAACGAAGCCAAGGGGAAAGAAGAAGAAGAAGAAGAGGCUGCGACAAAGAAAUGGAACAGAUCUCCUCCUGCUUCAAUCAUUCCUCCAUUCAAGAGAAGUGUUCUGAAGGAAGAGCCCUCGGAGAUCAUCAAUGCAUGGGAACUGAUGGGGGAUCUCGACGAGGAGAUGUCCAUUUGGUCUCCAUUGAAGAAAUGCACGAAAUCCCACGCCCCGAUGCGUCUAUUUUCUCCGGCUAAGGUCACGGCGUCGCCCAGGAAGCAGAAGAAGAAAUCUAUAGGGAAGGAGAAUAGCCCACUUGGACAGGGUUCAGAAAGGUUGGAUCUUGAUUCCAACAGGGUCUUGAGACCCUUCAGUUCCGUUGAGAAUACGCAAUGGAUUGGAUCAGUUUCAACAAUUUCGAAGAAAAACACCCCCACUGCCAACAUGCAGAAAUCAGGGAGAGAUCGUGGGGGUUCGGGGUCGAGACGAAGUCUUAGUCCUUUGUUCGAUCCGGAGCUUCUUGCUUCCCUUGAAAAAGAGCACCAUGAAGAGGGAGAGCAGAUCAAGAAGAUCAUCGAUCCUGUUCGAAGACGCCAAAAAGGCCAUGAUUUGGGCUUGUUGGUACAGUCCUUUGAAGAGAAAUGCCCGCCAGGUGGGGAGAACAUUGUGGUUUUGUAUACAACGACUCUAAGGGGAAUCAGGAAAACCUUCGAAGAUUGCAAUGCUGUGAGGUGCGCAAUAGAGUCUCAUGAUGUUAAGAUUGUGGAGAGGGACAUCUCGAUGGACUCGGGAUACAGGGAGGAACUAAGGUUGCUGAUGGGGAUAAAGGAGGUGAGGGUCCCUGUGGUCUUUGUGAAGGGGAGGUUGAUUGGUGGCGCCGAGGAGGUCUUAAUGUUGGAAGAGGAAGGGAAAUUGGGAUUGUUAUUGGAGGGGAUCCCGAGGGCAGAGGUGUGCUGUAAGGGCUGUGGAGGGAUGAGGUUCGUUAUGUGCAUGGAUUGCAAUGGCAGCUGCAAGGUGUUGGACAGGGAGCAGAAGAAGAUGGUGAGGUGUGAGCAGUGCAAUGAGAAUGGAUUGAUUCACUGCCCCCUAUGCUGCUAAGAAAUUGAUGGACAAUAUACCUCUGUUUUGCUAUUUUGAUAGGUUUGUUUAAUCCAACUUACCAAUUCUUCUGUCAUUUCUUAAUUCAUUAUGUAUUUUGUAAGACCAAUAGACUGUCAGAUUGGGUCGAUGUAAUGCCCGCCCUCAAAAGAGAUCAGAUAUCUCUGUUGUACAUCAAGAGGGAUCAGGUAUCUCUGUGGUAUGUGUUUGAUUAAUUCUGUGUUACUUUCAAGUAUUCCAUAUAAUUCUCCUUCUAUAAAUAUUGCUAUUUGCAUUGAUUAUCUAGUUUACUGUUCUUUGUCAGUAUGAC